GCGGAGCCUCCGCCGGCGCCAGCCCCGCGCUUUCCCCCGCCCCUCGCCGGCGGGGGCGCGGAUCCGGCCUGCGCGGAGCUGGCGGAGAGAGGGAGCGCGGCGGGGCGAGGGGAGGAGAGACGAGAGGAGGCGGCGGCGAGCUGGCCAUGGCAGCAGCCCGCGGGCGGAGAGGCAGCCGCCGUGGGCUGCCGCUGUGAUUGGCACCCCGAGGAGGAGGAAGGCGCGGAGCAGCCGCGGGGCCCGCCAUCCCGCGGCAGCGGUGCCCGGGAGGAUGCCGGGGAAGCGGGGCUCGGCGAGCGGCGGCGGCGGCGGCGAGCUCCCGGGGGCCGGCGCGCCGCGGCAGCGGAGGCGGCGGAGGAAGGUGUCCUGCUUCUCCAGCAUCCAGCUCUUCCUGGUGUCCGAGUGCGCCCUGAUGCUGGCCCAGGGCACGGUGGGAGCCUACCUGGUGAGUGUUUUAACCACCUUGGAGCGACGGUUCAACCUCCAGAGUGCUGACGUGGGUGUCAUCGCCAGCAGCUUUGAGAUUGGCAACCUAGCCCUCAUCCUCUUUGUGAGCUACUUCGGAGCCCGGGGACACCGGCCACGCUUGAUAGGAUGUGGAGGGAUAGUCAUGGCCUUGGGCGCCCUCCUUUCCGCGUUGCCUGAAUUUCUGACCCACCAGUAUGAAUAUGAAUCGGGAGAAAUACGCUGGGGGGCUGAAGGGAGGGAUGUGUGUGCUGCCAACGGGUCCACCAGCGAUGAGGGACCAGACCCGGACCUUAUCUGCAGGAAUAGGACUGCUACCAACAUGAUGUACUUGCUGCUCAUUGGAGCACAGGUCCUCCUGGGCAUUGGUGCUACCCCUGUCCAGCCCUUGGGAGUUUCCUACAUCGAUGACCACGUGAGACGGAAAGAUUCCUCCCUAUACAUAGGGAUCCUGUUUACGAUGCUGGUAUUUGGACCAGCCUGUGGAUUUAUCUUGGGCUCCUUCUGUACCAAAAUCUAUGUGGAUGCUGUCUUCAUUGACACAAGUAAGCUGGACAUCACCCCGGAUGACCCGCGGUGGAUCGGUGCGUGGUGGGGAGGCUUCCUGCUGUGUGGUGCCUUACUCUUCUUCUCGUCCCUGCCGAUGUUCGGGUUCCCGCAGUCCUUGCCCCCGCGGCCGGAGCACGGCGGGGAGAGCGAGCAGGCCAUGCUGCCCGAGAGGGACUACGAGAGACCCAAACCCAGCAACGGGGUCCUGCGGCACGCGAUGGAUGGGGAGAGCAGCACGAGCUGCUUCCAGCAGCUGCGAGUGAUCCCCAAAGUAACAAAGCACUUGCUCUCCAAUCCCGUCUUCACCUGUAUCAUCCUGGCGGCCUGCAUGGAGAUCGCGGUGGUGGCCGGCUUCGCCGCCUUCCUGGGAAAGUACCUGGAGCAGCAGUUCAACCUCACCACCUCAUCUGCCAACCAGCUCCUGGGGAUGACAGCGAUCCCAUGCGCAUGUCUGGGCAUAUUCCUGGGUGGCCUCUUGGUGAAGAAGCUCAGUCUGUCUGCUCUGGGAGCCAUAAGGAUGGCCAUGCUGGUGAACCUGGUGUCCACAGCUUGCUAUGUGUCUUUCCUGUUCCUGGGAUGUGACACAGGACCUGUGGCAGGGGUUACUGUUCCCUAUGGAAACAACUCAACUCCAACCUCAUCUCUGGACCCAUAUUCCCCCUGCAAUAACAACUGUGAAUGCCAAACUGAUUCCUUCACUCCGGUCUGUGGGGCAGACGGGGUCACGUACUUAUCCGCCUGCUUUGCUGGCUGCAGCAGCACGAACCUCAGUGGCUGUUCAUGCCUCACCUCGGUCCCUGCCGAAAAUGCCACCGUCGUUCCCGGCAAAUGCCCCAGUCCCGGCUGCGAAGAGGCCUUCUUGACAUUCCUCUGCGUCAUGUGCGUUUGCAGUAUGAUCGGGGCCAUGGCGCAGACGCCGUCAGUCAUCAUACUCAUCAGAACCGUGAGCCCCGAACUCAAGUCUUACGCUUUGGGGGUGCUUUUCCUGCUUCUCCGUUUGCUAGGUUUUAUCCCACCUCCACUGAUCUUUGGGGCUGGAAUUGACUCCACGUGUCUGUUCUGGAGCACGUUCUGCGGCGAGCAAGGAGCCUGCGCACUGUAUGACAACGUGGUCUAUAGAUACCUGUAUGUUAGUAUUGCUAUAGCCCUGAAGUCUUUUGCAUUCAUCUUAUAUACAACCACCUGGCAGUGCUUGAGGAAAAACUAUAAAAGAUACAUCAAGAACCACGAAGGUGGUCUCAGCACUAGUGAGUUUUUUGCCUCUACUCUCACCCUAGACAAUCUGGGGCGGGACUCGGUGCCCCAAAAUCAAUCACAUAGGACAAAAUUUAUCUAUAACCUUGAAGAUCAUGAGUGGUGUGAAAAUAUGGAGUCUGUUUUAUAGUGACUGUGGAGGGGUGAACUAUAUUAAUAAUACAAGGGUCCUUUUUAAUAAAAACAAAAAGAGUGAGAAUGAAGAAACGCAACUGCAAAACAACAACGGCAACACAGGAAACUUUUGUCUUUUCCUCAAAGUCAGACCCAGCCAGGAUUCUUGAGAACAGCAUCUUUUAGUGGGAUCACUUGUGAAAUCCUGCGGGGGGUGAUGGAGAACACAGGGAGCGCCUGUGGCUGGGUACCAGCCCCUUUGGUGACAGCACGAGCUUCCAAGAAGGGCAUCUGCAGAGGUUCAUCGGAGAGCUCGGCAAACAGAGAGGCUUGGGCAUGAGGCGUAGAGAAAGCAAAAUGCUAACAGCAUUUGUGGUUGCAAACAGGGUCCCGGGGAUAAGAGGAGCCCACAGAAUGGGCUGGAGGGUUGGUUAACCAGCCUGAGUGCUGUUCAAACCCUCUGUGAUAGCAAAGAGGGCAGCGGUGCUGGAGUUGUUCCACCAGUCAUGCUCUUGUCACCAGCCGCGAGUCCACGAUAAAUACCUUGUAAGCUGCUGGAAACCUUCCAGGUGGCGAACGAUGCUAUCAGAGGUGUACCCGAGUCCCUCCAGCCCAGGCUGAUUCGCAGAUCGCAGCUCUGUGGCCGUCUGUGAAUAUCUCUGCUCAGAUCCCUCAAACCCAGGAAAGUUCAAGACGUUUGCUCGCACUUGCCGAACAUGCUGUCAUUUUUAAAGGGGGAUGAAUUCCAAAUUCUUGUCUGUGUAGUCCUCUGAUAAGAUCUUUUUUUUUAAAAAAAACUUAUUUUGGAAUCUAUGUUAACCCUUAAAUCGCUGACACUUUUCCAUAGGGAGGAUUUAUUUAUGCUGGUUUGGGGAAGGAUCCUGUUUAAUUCACCCAAACAUAAUGUGACUCAAGAGGUUUGUUUAAUCCUCUGCGUUUUUUAUCCAUACGCCUUCAUUCUAAUAUGCUACCAAGCCAAUGAAGACACAUAAUACGUUUUUAAAAAAGAGAACGAAUGCACUGUGUCUCUAUAAAAACAAUUGUCAGUUGGAGAAUUAUAGAUAAUAUGAUGAUUUACAUAAUAUAGUUUUUUCAUAUUCUAUGUGACUCAGUGAAUACAUAUAUAUAUGGAGAGGGUGUUUAUGUUCUCUCCAGUUUUUAAAGAUAUAUAUAUAUAUAUAUAUAAUUUGCAAUCUAGAAAUUGUGUGGUGGAUGUUUUCUUUAAAGUAAGUGUGAGUGUGUGUGUGUGUGUGUACGAGAUGAAAGGAAUACUGACCUUAAUCCUGCAACGCUCAUGGGUUUUUUUUUCACCUGAGAAAUUCCACUGACUUCAGUAGAAGCCGUGUGAGGAAGGUGGGAUAAUUUCCCCUCCUGGCAGCCACGUUUUGUGCUUAGAUGCGCAAAUAAUGUUCCUAUGGAAGGCCGGGUUCUGGGAGCAGAGGCUGACCGGUACUGAGCACCUCUGAAAUUUUCAUUCAGGUCUUCAAGAGGCACCCAUGGAGGAGCAGGUUUGGCUUUGCUUUUGCAAUGCAGUCUUAUCUAAGCCUGCAAAAAUCAUGGGGAAGCUUUCAUCUGAUUUCAAGAAGCAUUGGGUCAGGCUUAUUUUGCAUGCUUAUUUUUCUUUUCCAAAACAUUCCUGCUGGGAAGCAGUACAAAUUGGUUGUCUUUGGUGAGUUUUCCCCAGGAAGCAGACCCAUUUCCAAUGGACUAAAUGUCAGAAGGGUUUUAAGGGUUAGCAUCAUAAUCAAAAAGUUCUUUUUCCUUUUUCUGUUUGUAUUUUGAAGCUGUUGUGAACUCGCAGGUGUGCAGAGAAGUGACUUAGCAUGUUGAACCAAGUGCUGGAUGUCACUUCCAUGCAGCUGGUGGAGAAGCUGAUCUUCCCACGUCCUUGUCCAUUGCUGGCAGUGGACACCCCAGAGCUGGCACAAUUAUGGGGGGGGUUGCUAACUUGCCACUCAUGUUCGACACCUUUUUAGCAGACUUUGCUCUUAUCUAGGCAUUGAAACAUGGGUGUGGGAUGUCAAACUGCUUCCAUUUGACUGACUUUACAUGUGUGUGUGUAAUUUAUGCACAGCAUUAUAUGUUCAGCAACAGUAAGGGCAAAAAUAAAAGGGUGUAUCAAAUAAACUCCACUGUGCCAAAUACUCAGCAAAUAUUGUAACUGCAGAUAUUUGAUUUUGGGUUUUCAGCCAUGUUAAAAAUCACUUGAUUAAUGAAGGAGUUUAAGGAAAAAAAAAGUUACUAAGCUAUGCAGUGCCAUUGUUAUGUUGGGUGGUAAAUGAUGCUUUUUAGACCAUUAGUAUAUCCUAUCUGCUAAAAUAGAGAUACUACAUCCAUAAAACAAUGAAUUUAAAAGAGGCACGGGGUGCAUAACUGUCUCAUAAAAUAUGUAUAAUUGUCAAGGAUAAGCCUUUGAAAUCAUUCUGUACAGUUCUCUUCAUUGUGCAAAUUUAUUACUUAGACUGCUGUCUUUUCAAAUGUUAGCUCAUAAUUUUAUACUGUACACAUACAUUCAGACUCGAACACAAAUGUCAUAGAAUAGAGCCUUUCUAAAAGCCUGAUUGCUUUAAAUUCUAUAACCCCUUUCACAGUUGCAUUUUUUUUCCCCUCUGAAAGUCCAAGGUGAAGGAGAAGAGCACGCUGACAUGAUGCAAAACAAACUCUCAGUGUUGAAGAGCUGCGGUUUGUCAGUACAGUCAAAAGUGCCCCUUGACCGGAGUUAUAGAAACAGGAUUCUAGGACACUUCAUGUUUUCAUUUUUGUUUUUGGUUGCUUUUUUUUUCCCCCAGUUAAUCUCUUUUCUUGGUAUGUAUGGGAGAUACGGUUGAAUGGGGUUACUUACUUUAUUUUUAAGCAGUAACUUAAAAAUCCUGCAUGAUUGUUGUUUUAUUUCUUUUGAUAAUGUGACUUUCAAAAAGCUCUCUCCCCAUUUUUUUUAAGGAUGUAUCAGAUCCCUGCAUCAUGGAAGGGCUUUACUGUCAGUGCUUUGGUACAGAUUCAAGAACAGAGGUUUAGUUUAAAGAGAACAUACAGACCAAAACCUUUAUCCAUCCCAGCAAGCUCUCUGUUUUUUUCUGAUUUCAAAAACCACAAGCCAGUUUUGCCUGCAACUCAUUUUUUGUUAUAGAAUUACAAAUGAAGAGUCUCAGACAUCCUCCCGCUUCCCAAAUUGCAGCAUGGGCCCUCGCCUGUCAGCACUUCGCUUCCAUCCCGCAACUGCCUUAACCACGCAGGAAACUUAAGAACAAGGAUGGAGUUAGAAAACUGCCCAUUCCCGGAACAGAAACAGCGGCGGAGCUGUGCUGUCCAGAUAUAAUGUUGGAAUUCUAUUUCUCUAUAUUCAGGGGCAUUGAAAUUCAGGGGUUUGUUGAGACCUCGGUCUCAACAGAAAUGUUAUUUUGAUGUUUCCAAGCACUGUGUUCCCUGCAUGGCUAUCUGCUAAGGAAUGGGAUGUUUGAAAAAAUAAACUACUUGAGGUUUAGCAGUCUCUAUGGGAUUGUCCAGUUGCCUUGCAUGACAUCAGGUUGGGGUUUCCUUUCCCCUUGUACAGACAACACCUUUCAUAGCCCUAAGGGAAUCAAAAGGGGACCCCAAUCUAAAAUUGGUGCAGAUGACACUAGAAUCAGUUUCUUUGCAACCUUGUUAACAAAGGGAUGUAAUUGCAGAACCCUCUUUUUAUACGUAGUGCAAACAUACAUUUUUCUGUCUUUGCCCGGCACAUCUUGGAUCUAUAGUGGGACCGAAAUGCCAUCACUUGAAUUAUCUAGACAAACCUUCCAUUCUUUGGGAAUUCAACUAAUAAGGACCUCACAACUGCCAUCGCCCUGUGAGAUACACCGAACUACUCAGUGCUGCUACUAUUAAUCUCAGUUGGGUCUCACCUUGCUGGGAAGGUGAAAAGGGAAAGACACAGAGAGGAAUUAGCUUCAAUUAGCUGAGUUAGCUAUGCUUCAAAAUGCUUCAGAAUUGAACUGAUGGUCUGCAGACAUUUGAAAAGUGAUUGGAGUAUUUCCAAGUGGCUGAGAUGCAUUGGCAUUUUUUUCUUGGAAAAAAAAAAAAAGAAGAAUUAAUAAGGAUUGGAGUCCAUCCUAUCCUCAUCAGAGUUUUAUGUUCUUCGGGUUUAUCUUUGUCUUAGUCACACUCAUAUUUUUUCUGAGUAUACAAGGUCCUGGGAGACAGAAAGGUGAUUCCAUCUUGUAACCAGCAGUUUCACUCCACAGCAAACCCAAGACAAUGUGAAGGCCACCAGCACUGUGAAGCUUUAGCCCCUGAGUCAGCCGUGGAAGUUGCCGAGAGUUUCUCACAGCUGGGUGUGUUGGGAUCAGUAUUUUCUUAAGGUUUGGAUAAUCUUGGUGUGAUGUUUGUUUUAUUCUUGGCAGGUGAUGCAGGGAAUUGUCAGUAUUAAAGACAUAUGCAAAUGCUUCACUGGAUUGAUGUGAUAACAGCUUUGUUCCUUUUAUUCACAGGGGUUUCCAGACUUAUUCCCAUUCUGCCUUUAGACACAGCUGUGCUUACCUGUCCCCCCCUAAUUUCACAUGAACUAUCUUUGCAGACAGAAGCAGGUUUAUUGUUGGUCUCUCUCUAGAGCUGAUUAUUGCCUGCAAAGUUCCCAGGCUUUCUAUGCAUAGAGCAAAGUACCCCUGGAUAUAAGCAAUAAUACUGACCUAUUCCCAUUUGCGUUAGGAGUUUUUGCUUUUCUUACCUAAAUCUGAGUUCACCUCUCCCAACAUCCCAUGCUGCUGCUGUGACUCGCCUUUUUUGUUGGCAGUGGCUCCAGGAGUCAGGCAGCCAAAAGGCAACUAGUGUGAACAGGCAGCAGUUUAUUAAGAUGGGCAGCUGUGUGACGGGAGCCUUUGGAUUAAGCCAGGCUCAGCUUUUGGUUUUUGGGUGGCUGAGAUUGAUCCAAGAAGGAAAGGAAUAACCAGGGUGUUGUGGCUGAGCCCCCCAGAGUCCUUGGAAGGAUUAUCCAGCCUUCCAUGCUCUUGGAUACACCUACCUGCCCUACCUCCCUGAGACUUGCUGUUUGUGGGCAUUUCUUCCAAAUUAACCAUCAUCUUCCUUUCUCCAGUUCUUCCUUCCUCCCAAUGACAAAGCACAGCUCGGCUCUACCAAGUCAAUACGAGGUGUUCAGAGUUAGUGACUGGCAUUUCAAUUUGUCUGGGAUGCCAGCAGAUCUCACUUAGUAUUACAUAUGCUCAAAUUAUUAUCGUUUGUUCUGCUUUUAUACACUAAAUCUAGUCCUUCUAGGCUGCAAAUGAUGUUGUCUAUCAUUCCGUUGACAUUUCUAGCCAAUCUGAGUCUUAAUACAAUUGCUUCACUGAAAAAAAAUAGCCUUUUCAGCAGUUCUUAGGCAUUAGGUAUUUCUUUAUUAACUAGUGAUGCCAAAUAAAAUCUUUGGCCAUUGUCUGUUCCCUGAAUCUAGUGGAGCAGAAGGAGCCUCUGUCUCCUCAGAAGCAAUACCAGUGAUUUCUUUGAUAGACUAUGAACCUGGAUCGCUUCUCUUUCAGCUUCAGUCUUGCCACAGCUGCUCAGCUAUGAGCAUCCCUCAGCCUCAAAAGGAUACAGGGAAUUCAGGAGAAGCCACGUGGACAGAGAAAUCCAUUUAAAUAGCUGCAGAGUCAGACUGUAGGAUGUAUGUAGUAAAUAGGCUGUUUUGCUUAUCAAAACCUUGCUUUGGUCUCUGAUGAAUGAAGUGACCCUAGGGAUGGGUUGUUUGGGAUACUAUGAGUUCGUAAUGUUUCCCUUAUUUUCUUCAGAUUAAGUGCGGCAGAGCAGAGCAUCACACUGAGAAGGAAAAGAUUAGCAAUACUCUCGACAGCUUGUGGUGCUGGGCUUGUUCUACACACAGUUGGUGUCUGCAACUGGCAGAAAGCAAUAAGGAGGUUGUCAGGUCCAACUCAGCAAAUAAUUUAUAGCAACUUCAUAAAUUAAUUUUCCCUUUUAUUUCUUCCUUGUGAUUGCUGAGAAAACCAAGGAGAUGCCUCCAGUGUAUUUGCAAGGUCAUUUCUGCAUAUCAUCAGUGAUCUGGAGGGGUUUGCAAAAGCUUUCUUAUAAUUCAUGCAUGUUUGUUUGUUCUGCGUGAACAUAGAAAUAAUGGGGAGUAUUUCUGCUCCUUGAGUUCCCGAGGCUGGAAUUUUCUCAUCGGUACAAAUACUUAAUUCAAAAGUAUAUGACUGGGAAUUGAGUAAGAGGAUCCUCACUCAGUGCCGGUGGGCAGAGCACCACAGGACAUACACCGCUCCAGGACAGCCAAGGUGAUGGCUCCCAACCCAUCAUCCUAUUUCCAGGAAUAUUCUGUCACAUACGCUUGAAAUUCUCUGCUUCUCCCAGCGUUCCUUCCAGAUAAUGCAUUCAUUUGAGUAAUUACUGAGAGAAAACAUGAGAAGGGUAUGAACCCAGACAAAAACAAAUUGAUAUUAAGGUGAAGCAGGUGGUGCAGAUUUUAUUUGCGAUGUUUGCACAGCCCUUAGAUUGGAAGCAAAAAUCUCUCAGGAAUCAGAGAGUUGCAUAUGACUUAACAUAUCUUAGUUCUUCUCAACUGAAUUGCUAGUUGGUAGGACAGCAAAAGGCUUCAUUCCCUACCACCAAUAUCCUAGCCCUUCAAAACCCUUUUCUUUUGCAGUACGUCAUCGCACAAACACCAGUGCUUUUACCCUUCAAUGUAAACUGCAUCUCAGUGCUAUGUUUUUGGUGCCUCACAACUCUAACUGUGUGAACUUGAAGAAAUGACCCCUGUUCUUCACCCGUGACACUUUCUGCCUGAAUGGAGGAUGAUGAUGAUCCCUCUUGAAGACUCACAGCCGUUUUCCUAAGGUCUUACGCACAGGGGGACCAAAACUGUUCUCUGUUGAUCACAGGUGGCCUAUAGCUGUGCUCGGGGGUCUGUACCUUGUCUACAGCCCCACGUUGCCUUCACAAUGUUUUCAGUGCAAAGCACAGUGAUGAGGCUAUGCAUACCUGUCCCUGACAAACAUUCAGGGUUGCCAAUGGUCUAUGACCACCAAAGUUUGGGGAGUCUCCAUGUUAGCACAUGAAAGCAGCUCCCAUCAUCUACUUUUUGGGAAAGAGCCAUCUCAGAGCAGGGUUCAGCAGCAAAAAGGAGCUCUUGGUUCUCUGUGGUACCACAUACACAGGGAGGAGGGGUGGGAUGGGAGCAGGGGAAGAGCUGUGACCUUUUAAAACCCAUAGUGCCUACCACUGCAAACGGAACGCUGUAUUGUAUUAUAUUAUAUGUGACCACUGUGUAAAUAAAGUACAAUAAAUGUGGUGUUCAUUAGGACUUUUGAUACAAGUCAAAUGCAGUCUGUAGAAAUGUUUGGAUUUUUGUUUUUGUUUUCCCUGCUGUUUGUACUUAUAUCACAUUCCAGGCAUGGGAACAUUUGGGGUCGUGCGAGCUAGAAAUGCAUAAAUGGCAUUAGAUUGGAAAUGUUUGCAAUAAGAAAAUGUUAAAAUUCCAUUUGCCCUGUAGAGAUGAGAGACAAGCACGAUAUGAAAACCAGACACUGCGGAGGGAGCGGGGCGGGGGGACAGCUUAAAUAAGCAGGAGGAGAUCGGCUCUUGACUUGAAGUGGUUUAUGAGCAGAAGCGGCCGUGCUGCCCAACCAUCCUUGGCCUUGCUUCUUUCGCAAUGGAGGAAAAGCAAAGUUUUACAGGGUGGUUCAAAAAAGAUGGACCCAGUUUCAAAGGGGGAUAUUUCACGACGUGAUGAAAUAUGUUCAGGUGAAGGGAACAUAGAGCAUUUAUAAAAAGGUUACUAAAACUUGAUAACCCAUUAAACUGUUUGUAAAUUUUUGUGGAAUUGUAACAUGUUGCUAUUGUGAAAUUUACUGCUUUGAAAUUGCAUCCAUCUUUUUGAAAUACCCUGUAGUUUGGCUGAUUGCUUGUGUUCCUGAUGCAGAGGUUGGUCAGGAGCCUGUCUAACCUGGUUAUUCUCCACCCUUGAGAUCCCUUAGCAGCAGCUACAGCUGAGCAAACUUGAGAGCUUAAAGUUCAAAGCAGAAUGGGAAAGAAGUUCUCCUGUCCUUAACCAGCUGGACCCCCUGUGGCUCUGGCAAACAUUGAAGGGCUUUUUUUUAGGCUUUUUUUUGGUGAUAAUAAGAAUAUUAGGAAUUCAGUUUGUUUCUUAACGCACUUCCUUGUCCAUCCUCGUGUUCCUCCAUGGUUUAAUAAGAGAAUUAACGCAUUUCAGUGAGGCAGGUGCCACAUGCCCUCCAAAUCCUGAUGCAUCUCAUAACUGGGUUGUUGGUGAGAGUUUCUCCAGCCUGCAGAAGCUCAGGACUUCCCUGGCAAGUGGUUGUGGUUGGUGCAUGGAUGUAAUCUUCCAUCAGUUUGUGGAGGCUGCUUCCACAUUGACUGUCUCAUUGGAGAAACAAGACCACCCCAUGCAGUUUGUCACACCUAUGGCUCAAAACUCCCCCACUGCGCUCUGUGCAGGGUCCACGAUAUCGGAGGAGCAUCUACCUGUUUCCACAGCAGACCAGUCAGUGAUGUUUGUCCCUCAUAGCAUUGCUGUUCUUCAUAGUCACCUGGGCAGAGCAGCAUUUGUGGGUGGUUGUAUGUGAAGAAGGUUCUUCCCGCAUAGGACAUCUCCACAGUUGAUCUGUGGUAGCGUGCAUGGGACCUGGAUGAGCCCGGGUGCCUCUCCCCUGCCUCAGGCUGUAGUUUGGUCUUUUCCUACAGUACCUAAAGGAAAGUCGUCCUCAGAAAGGUCUUUGAACUGUGCUGGUUUGACUGCUGGGAAUUUUGCAGAUGUUUAGCGGCACUUCCAAAAUAAACCAAAACCUGGUUUGGAAAAAUGAAAUGUUUCACUGUACAAUUGAUUUAAAAAAAAAAAAGGAAAAAAGAAAGAGAAACCACAUGCUCGAUAUAUUUUGAGUACUGUGUUCUGUAUUUUUGCAGCUUAUAUUUUCCAGAUGAGCAGUUUAGAAAUAUGUGAUGUGAAAUACAUACUGUAAGUUUGCUGUAAAUGAUAUUAAAAGCACUAUUUUCAUUCUUC